GCUGUGUCUCACUUGGUCCUGUCUGCUCCGCUGCUCGGAGCCAGGAGACACUUUACCAGGGGACAAGUCGCUGCACGGUGGUCUGCCUGACACCACACCGGCUCCUGUCGGCCACGUUCCGGACGUGUCGGGGUUGGAUCAGGGGCUGGACACGGGACACGGGACACGGGACACGGGACCUACUCGCGCAAUCGGACGGUUUUUUUGGAGAAUACCUGAUGCUGAGUCUCCAAAUGAGCGCUUAGGGAGCGCAGGCAGCCCCUCCCCUCCGAAGGCUGGGGCUCACCCAGCUGUCGAGAGACGCUGACCUGGAGAAAAACAUCCAGAUGAAGAUGGAUUCAUCUAUUCUCUGCAGGGCUGUCCUCGUCCUCCUCGCGCUCCCCUCGAUGCAGUGUGCAGAGAGUGAGCCCCAGAGUGCAGUGUUCCUGCCAGAGUAUGCCCUCUCACCUCAGGGCAGUUUCAUGGAGGAUGCCACAGAGGAUCAGUUUCUAACCUACAGAUACGACGACCAGUAAUACUUACUCCAGUUGCCGAGGCUAUAAACAUCCUACAGGGAGAAUCCAACAUUGGGAUGGGAUGGUUGCCCUACAAUACCUACAAUCACCACUCUCAUUGACAAGCUUGAGAAAACAAAAGUUUCGAUGAGAUUCUGCAAGCUGCUAGUUGAUGCCCUGCAAGAUGGUACGAAGAAACGGUUUGGGGAGAUGAUGAAGAGAUCCAGAGCUGGUUACUGCAGCCAUACUUCAUCCAAAAUUCAAAACGUCCUGGGUGGAUAAUGAAGAUGCCCACAAGUAAGGCCUAAACUACAUCAAGCAAUACUUCCCAACCAUGACGAGGCUCCUCCUGAGAACUCCGCCAGUGCUUCUGAUGAAGGCGAUUUCUUUGCAAAUAUGAAGCAGGCACAGACAACCAAACAACUGGAUGCAUACCUGACAUGCGCAGCUGAAGGCAUCCAGAAUGACCCGCUCAGAUGAGGACAGGGACACCGGGUGGGACGCCUGGGGCCCCUGGAGUGACUGCUCACGAACCUGCGGUGGAGGAGCCUCCUACUCUCUGCGACGCUGCCUCAACGGAGGAAGCUGUGAUGACAAAAACAUCCGCUACAGAACCUGCAGCAACACGGACUGCCCCCUAGAGUCAGGGGAUUUCCGGGCCCAGCAGUGUUCAGCCCACAAUGAUAUCAAGUACCAGGGUGCCACCUAUGACUGGGUCCCAGCUCCUUAUGACCCCUCUGCACCCUGCAUCCUGCAGUGUCAGGCUAAAGGGAGGAGCCUCACUGUUGAACUUGCCCCUAAGGUGCUGGAUGGGACACGAUGUCGGGCAGAUGCCUUGGACAUGUGCAUCAAUGGAGUUUGUCAGGAGGUGGGCUGUGAUCGUCAGCUGGCUAGCGGUGCCAGGGAGGAUAACUGUGGCGUCUGUGGUGGCGAGGGCUCCACAUGCCGGUUGGUUCGAGGGCAGACCCUACCCCACCUGACACCAGAACAAUCUCUGAAGACAGUUCUGGAAGUGCCGCUGGGAAGCCGCUUUCUCAGACUCAGUGCCAAAGGACCUGAUGUGCUAGCCAUCGAAGCCGUCCCUCUUCAGGGAAGGAAAGAGGAGACCAGCCUGGUGACCGCAGGCUCCUAUGUGAUUGGAAACACCUCCUUGGACUUUCAAAGAGGGACAGACAGACAGACACUCCGUACGCACGGCCCACUCAAUGCUGAUUUCAUCAUCAAGAUGAAGUAUGGAGGCCCAAAAGACACUGUUGUCCAGUUUUUGUUCUAUCAGCCAAUCAGGUACCAGUGGAGAGAAUCUGACUUCUUCCCCUGCUCUGUCACAUGUGGAGGAGGCUAUCAGCUGAACUCCGCAGAGUGCACUGACAUCCGAUCCAACCAGACACUGCCUGAGCACCACUGUAACAGCUAUCCUGAAAACACCAAACCAAUGCCAAAGCUCAAGGAGUGCAACAUGGACCCAUGCAAAGAGGGUGAUGGAUUCAAAGAGGUAAUGCCAUAUGACCACUUCCAACCUCUGCCUCGCUGGGAGCAGGGGCCCUGGACCCAGUGCUCGGUGUCUUGUGGUGGUGGCUGGCAGGACCGCAGUGUGAUGUGCGUGGAGGAAGACAGCCAUGGACAGUUCUCCGAGGUGGAGAAGUGGAAGUGCACCCACUCCCCUGGACCUGUGACCCGACAGAUUUGCAACACCUUCUCCUGCCCACAAUGGGUGGCCAUGGAAUGGUCUCAGUGCACAGUGACAUGCGGCCGUGGCCUGCGUUACCGGGUGGUUCUGUGCAUCGACCAUCGUGGGCAGCACAUUGGAGGCUGUGAGGCAUCACUCAAACCUCACGUUAAAGAAGACUGUUUGGUCCCCAUAGCCUGCCACAAGCCCAGAGAAACUACGGGGCUAAGGUGGAUCAUUACAACAGACACUACCAGGGAACACCAGGACCACCAGCUAACCAGCAAAUCUGUGCCAGUGGAGGCCAAGGUGCCCUGGUUAAAACAAGCCCAUGAACUGGAGAAACACCAUACUGCUACAGAGGACCCUACAUUUGUACCUGGGCCCUGGGCACCCUGCAGCACAACCUGUGGGCUGGGCAAGCAAACCCGUGAGGUGAAGUGCAACGUGAUGCUUUCAUUCACCAAGACGGAGGUAGACCUUCCAGAGGAUGAGUGUGGCAAGGAGAGACCCCAGCUGGAGAGGCGCUGUAACCAGGGGCCAUGUACCCAGGUUCCAGGCAUCUCUUCAGGCCUUCAGGACCAUGGGGCCCCUUACACCCAGAUGGAGGAACUGUACAGUUGGGACUACAGGAGCUUCACUGCCUGUUCAGCUACAUGUGCUGCUGGGAAGCAGACGGCAGCUGUGAGAUGUCUUAACAGGAAGCAAGGUGAUGAGGUGGAGGACUCUCUGUGUAAUUCAUCCAGCAGGCCACCAGUAAUGACCCGCAUCUGUAACCCUGAGCCAUGCCCCGCAAGAUGGGAGGUAACAUCAUGGACCAGCUGCUCUGUGUCCUGCGGCGUUGGAAUACAGACUAGGAGUGUGUUUUGUAUGCGUCUGUUGUCCAUUGACCAGCAGGAUAUUCUGAGUGUUUCAGAGGAGGACUGCAGGGAAUUAAAAUCUGCCAUCCUCCAACCCUGCAACCAGGUUGACUGUCCUCCGGUCUGGGAGGCCGAACCGUGGCAGCUGUGCUCCCAGUCUUGUGGUGGGGGUGUCCAGCUGCGGAAGGUCUACUGUAAGCAGCUCCUGUCCACAGGGGCUUAUAGAAGGUUAGCAGACAAGGCUUGCUGGGGGCCCAAACCUGCCACUAACAGAACCUGCAGCAACACUGAUUGUCUGCCCUACCUUGCAGGAGGAGAAUGGGGAAAGUGUUCAGUGUCCUGUGGUUUGGGGAUCCAACAUAGGGAACAAUUGUGUCACCAGUUGAUGGGGAUGGGCCACCAGGUAACGCUGGACAGGGUACAGUGCUCAGGAUUAUCCUCCCCUCCACUUUUACGAACCUGCCGCAUGAUGGCCUGUCCCAAACACAACAAAGACUUGAGACCCAAUGACAACCAGAAGUUUCUGGUGAAGAGCCAAGUGGGACGUCCACGAAAGGCCAGAGGUUAUAAGGAUGGGGUCAAACGGUGUCCCGUGCUUAUUGGUAAGCAUCAUAUCUACAUCCAGACCCAUAAGGAGAAACGCCUCUACUUGACUGUUGGGGGCCAUGCCUACCUCUUCCCUAACACCUCCCUGGUCAUCAAAUGCCCCGUCAGAAGGUUCCCCAAAGCGUAUAUACGCUGGCUCAAAGAUGGACGCCCCAUACCCAGCUCCAAACACCUGGACAUCAACAAAUCUGGCUCCCUGAAGAUCCACUUUGUGACAGCAGCCGACAUUGGUGUCUACAAGUGUGUCGCUGGACCCGCCUCGGAUAUCUUCACACUCCAGCUGAUAGGUCUUGACAGCAGGUCAAAUGGUAGGGUGUCUACCACCAGUCCUGGUCCCAACAGGGAAGAAAUGCUGCCAAGUUGCCACAGUCACUACUCAAACCCGAAUCCAUUCUGGCCUGCAGUCAGCGUGUCUCUGGUGCCCCCUGGUGCCCAGGAUGUCAUGCUGCAGCCACGGAUAAAGGACAGGCUCAUUAAUAUCACCUUGCAGGCUGACAGAAGAGAGAUCCAGCAGGAGCAAGCCUCCAAGCUCAUCUCCUCAUUGCUGACCCACAUGUCUGCAGCUCAGCUCUGGACCCGGAUCCCAGAGGAAGGAGUACAGACUAAAGGUACUUAGCUCAGCUCCAUAUAGUCCGCUGUGUGGCUUUCAUCUUUGAAGCUUUGGUAAAAUAUUGUGAGAUGCUCUUCUUAUUCUCCAUGAGACACUACUCUUUGUUACACCACCUUGUCUGUGUCUUCAAUCUAAUUACAGUGAUGAAUGUAAAAUGUAAAUGAUGAUAAAAUAUUUCGACAUGUCAAUGUACUGACAGUAACAAACUGUAUAGUCCUUAGAUUAUAUCUUUGUGACUGUAAAUCAGACCUAUCUCCAUAUCUGGAGCCAGGCCAAGAUGUGUUUCUAAAGAUAAUUUUAAAAUGUUGAAAUUAAUUUUAAAAUAACCUGGUAGCCCCAAUGGGAAGAUGAUGUCUGGUGUCAAUUUUUCAUAUAAUCAUGUAUUAACAUAUACUCUGUUUAAAUUGUGUUUCUGGUAUGUGGAAAAGACUGUUUACGACAGGUAAUAAUUAGCUGAGCCUGGGAAAAAAAGCUGAGGGAAGUGUGGUUUACAAGACAUUUGGGCCAGGAAGACGGAUUCAGAGAGAUGAUAGGGCCAACAUUCUUGUUGACCUGGCCGCCUUGGCCUGGCUAGUUAAGAUGUCUUUUCUGUAUGAUCUGGGUCAGACUUCUGAACCAUUCCAUGGUGAAGGAGCUCUGAACCAGCGGAACAGAUUCUGUUGUACUCUUGACUUUGAUUCAAUUAAAUAUGGCUUGUAGACAAA